CGGAUUGUAUCCCUCCUCCCCUGCUCUGCCGCUGCAGCUAUAAAUCCCGACCCCGAUCGAUCGAUGGAGAUGUGGAAAUAUCGGGUCGUGGGAUCGGUUGCUGCCCUCCUCUUGCUACUCGCCAUCGUCGUGCCGUUUACUCAGACCCAGACGCAGAGCGCACGGGACAAAGCUGCCAUGGCGGAAGACGCGGGGCCGCUGGUGGGAGGCAUCAGUGACUCGCCGAUGGGGCAAGAGAACGACCUCGACGUCAUCGCGCUCGCCCGCUUCGCCGUCUCCGAGCACAACAACAAAGCCAAUGCCCUGCUGGAGUUCGAGAAUGUGGUGAAGGUGAAGAAGCAAACUGUUGCUGGCACGAUGCACUACAUUACAAUCCGGGUCACUGAAGGUGGGGCCAAGAAGCUCUAUGAAGCUAAGGUGUGGGAGAAACCAUGGGAGAACUUUAAGAAGCUCGAGGAGUUCAAGCUGGUGGAGGACGUUCCAAGCGCAUAACUCAUAAGGCGCGUCCCAGCUUUGCAAGGAUCUUCAGCUAUGGUGUUGAUGUAGCUCUAUCGGACAUGGUUUAGCGUGUUCUCGUGUAAUAUCAAGAAUAAGUCCGCUUCUUGCAAGUUGUUUUAACCACAUCUCUAAAUAAAAUUCUCAGUAUUAUUGUAUUUUGUUUUUCCUUUGA